UUUGCCUCCGUGCCUCGGUUCAGUUUUCACGGCAGCUUCAGCUAGGAACCACAUGCAGAAUGUCUUGAAGACACACGAAGGUGAAUUCAAAACGUGUACUCCUUUCUGUUCUUCUUUCUCACUCUUUCUGCUCCUGCAUGGUGGAAGAAAAAGGACAACCCGUUCGGCUGCGAACAUGUAACCCUGAGGAUACCAGCAGUGCAUCCUUGAAAAAAAUCACAACGACCUUCGCGCUUUUAAAAAUCGUUGGACAAAGUGUAACAAGGUGGUUCAUCGUUUUCGCGAUAGUACACAGUGAAAACGCAUUGGUCUAAUCGCAUUAACAUUUCCGGAUGGACAAGUCGCCGCUUUCAUAAUUUUCUUUUGCAAGAUGCGCAACACGAGGCAA